AUGAGCUUAGUGCUGUGGAUUGCUAUCAACGUGCGCCAUAUCGACGAUCUCCUUGGAUACGUUGAUGAUACCUUCAGCUACGACAAAGCAGAUCACCUCGAAUUUUAUGCUCCCUAUCACCGCUUGCUUCCGCGGAAGCAGAAGCAACUCCUGGAACUCUGGGACGACCUCUGCAUCCCCCACGAAGAUCGCAAGCAGGUUUUUGGCUCCCCGCUCCCUAUUAUUGGGUUUGAGGUCAACGCCAAUCAGAUGAGCAUUAGCCUCAGUCCCGAUAAACGUAACGAGCUCUUAGCCCACAUCCGCGAGUUUGCUACACUCCCGCUUCAUAAACGACGCCGAUAUCCUCUAAAGGAGUACUGGAGACUUGGCGGCUGGAUUAACUGGGCUUUGAAUGUCUUCCCGCUUCUUCGCCCGGGACUCUCUCUCUUGUAUGCAAAAACUAGAGGAAAAACCGAGCCCCACCAACUGGUAUCCAUGAGUGUGGCUCUUUCGCGAGAUCUCCUAUGGAUUGCAGAUCACAUGGAGCGCCUAGAUGGUGUCUACCUGUUUGAAUCUAUCGAGUGGUCAGCAAAGACAAUGUCAUGGCCGAUGCACUGUCUCGGCAGCCCACUCGGGCCCCUUGGACACGGGAACGCCUAG